AUGUACAUCUUGUACCUCGCGAAGGUAGCGGGAGAAUACAUCUUCAGUGUCAUGAUGAGUCGCUUUAGGAGGAUGUCUCUUAUCCGUGUUGCAAAGUCGCUUAGUUCGGGACGACUGCCUUCCGUGUGCAGUCACGGUCUCACCAUGUGCGUGAACGUGAACCUCAACGCAGCAAAUAAUCCGAGAAAGUUGUCCAAGAAAAUCUCCUGUAGUGUGACUGAAGUCAGCCGCGUCGCGUUGCCACGAGAGACCACCUCUCCAGCCGACAUCUCAAAAAUCUCAUCUCAAUAGGAAAAAUAAACAGGAACAAAUCUCCUUUUCAGUAGCCUUGCGUGACGGCGUCAUCCAACCCCUUAAUUGCACAUACUUGUGGAGGCUUACCUUCCCCGACUCUUCAAGCAAGUGUUCGGAAAGCCUUUCUCUCCGCUGGCCGUAUUGUUUUAGCUAUUGCCACAAGGAUGAAAACUGUUCAGUAGCGACCAUCCGGCGUUGCUUAGCGGCUACUAAGUAAGACAUGAACCAAGACAAUAAGACAUGCGGGAAUAUAAAGGAAACAGCACGGUGUUUUGGGUCGUGGGAGGAGAAGCCGAAAGAGGAUUAUGUUUCUGAGCCAUUCUGUGAGAUCCCUGUUGUAACGUA